AUGGUCAGAUUCACGGCGGCUGCCGCCAUUGCGGCUCUUCUGAGUACAACAUCAGCCUCCCUUGUCGCACGACAGACGGCUGCCAGCACCACUACCGCUGUUGGAUCUGAUCCCACAGCAAUCUCUCAAUGUUCUGUCGCUUCAUCUACACAGAUCUGCAAAGCUGGAACAACCGAGUUCAGAGUCGUAUCUACCCCGACUGGCUCGUUGCCCACCUCGUACACUGGAUGCCACAAGCAUGCCACUGAACUAUACUGCUUCUAUCCGGAUGGCGAGGUUGAAGUUGAGGCCGCCAAUGCGCCGUCUACCACCGCUGCUUCGACAACCGCUGCUGCCAUUACUGGCGCGCCAACGGCCGUCUCAGACUGCCACCUUCACGGAGUAACAGUGCAAGUGCUUCACUUCAUCGCGCAUUUCUGCAUGUGGGGUACUACUGAAUACCAGGUCAUGACGACGCCUACCAACACUGCCGCCUCAGCAAUACCGACAGCCUUCACUGAUUGCCACGAUCACGGCGGUGACACGUACUGUCUCGCCCCGAACGGGGACGAUGUCGAAAUCGUCGCUGAGGGCGCCGAGUCGUCCGACCACGACCACACCAGCGGCGAGGAACCGCAGGGAGAGAACUGCCACUUCCACGCUGGAGUCGAGCACUGCGUCGGCGCAGGUGAGAGUGAGAGUGGCAGUGGUACGAGAAACUGCGAAAAAGUCACCCGCGACUAUAACAUUCCUCUGCGUGUUGGUCUUCUCUUCGUGAUUCUCGUUACCAGCGCCUUUGGAGUCUACUUCCCCAUCUUCAUGAUCAAGUGGAUGCCCUCCAAGACGCAUACCAUCUUCCUCAUUUUGAAGCAAUUCGGCACGGGUAUCAUAAUCUCCACCGCAUUCAUCCAUCUGUAUACUCAUGCUCAGCUCAUGUUUACCAAUGAGUGCUUGGGAACCCUUGGCUACGAGGGAACUACCUCUGCCAUUGUCAUGGCCGGUAUCUUCCUUUCUUUCUUGGUCGAGUACGUUGGGAAGCGCAUGGUCAUGACGAAGAUGGCCGCCAACCCCGGUGCUAUCACCCGCGUUUCGCCCGAGACAGUCGCUGUGUUGGUUCUCGAGUGCGGUAUUAUUUUCCACUCUAUUCUCAUUGGUAUCACCCUUGUCGUGGCUGGUGACACAUUCUUCCUCACCCUCUUUGUCGUCAUUCUCUUCCACCAAAUGUUCGAGGGCAUCGCCCUAGGAACACGAAUCGCCCAGCUUGGCCAGCCGACCCGGGCCGAAAUGGCAGAGCGCCCUGCCUCGGGUGCCCCCGCCGAAGUCGAGCAAACCGCUUCCGCCGAGGGCAGUCUGAGCUCUCUCAAGACUCCCAGCUUCUCCCUCGUCAAGAAGCUGAUCCUUGCCAGCCCCUUCGCUCUCGUUACGCCCGUCGGCAUGGCCAUCGGUAUCGGUGUUCUUUCCCAAUUCAACGGAAAUGACCGCGACACCAUCAUCGCCAUCGGUACCCUUGACGCGCUCUCCGCUGGAAUUCUCGUCUGGGUUGGUCUUGUAGAGAUGUGGGCCGAGGACUGGAUGCUUCCCGGCGCGGAGCUCCUGAGCACCGGCCCGAUCGUCACUGCUCUCGCUGGCUUUGGUCUUAUCGCCGGCAUGAUUAUCAUGAGCGUGCUCGGCAAAUGGGCCUAA